CAGGGGUCCUCGCGCGAAGGCUGAAGGGAGUGUGACAGGCGGCAGAGAACCCGGCCGGACGGAAUGCCUCGGUACGCGCAGCUAGUUAUGGGGCCCGCGGGCAGCGGGAAGAGCACCUACUGUUCCACCAUGGUUCAGCACUGUGAAGCCCUCAACCGCUCUGUCCAGGUUGUCAACCUGGACCCUGCAGCAGAGCACUUCAGCUACCCUGUGAUGGCUGACAUCCGGGAACUGAUCGAGGUGGAUGAUGUAAUGGAGGAUGAUUCUCUGCGGUUUGGUCCCAACGGAGGGUUGGUAUUCUGCAUGGAGUACUUUGCCAACAACUUUGACUGGCUGGAAAACUGCCUGGGACACGUUGAAGAUGAUUACAUCCUUUUUGACUGUCCAGGUCAGAUCGAGCUGUACACACAUCUGCCUGUGAUGAAGCAGCUGGUCCAGCAGCUUGAACAGUGGGAAUUUCGAGUGUGCGGAGUAUUCCUUGUUGAUUCUCAGUUCAUGGUGGAAUCUUUCAAGUUUAUUUCUGGCAUCCUGGCGGCUCUCAGUGCCAUGAUUUCUCUAGAAAUCCCACAAGUUAACAUCAUGACGAAGAUGGACCUGCUGAGUAAGAAAGCCAAAAAGGAAAUUGAGAAGUUUCUCGAUCCAGACAUGUACUCUCUGCUAGAAGAUUCAACAGGUCAUUUAAGAAGCCAAAAAUUCAAGAAAUUGACAAAAGCUGUGUGUGGCUUGAUCGAUGACUACAGCAUGGUUCGGUUUCUGCCGUACGAUCAGUCGGACGAGGAGAGCAUGAACAUCGUGCUCCAGCACAUCGACUUUGCCAUUCAGUAUGGCGAGGACUUGGAGUUUAAGGAGCCAAAGGAACAGGAAGAAGAGUCUUCCUCCAUGUUUGAUGAGUAUUUUCAGGAACGGCAGAACGAGUGAGGUUGACUGCACAGUGACCAUCUGAUUGUGGCUGUAGGAAUGCAUUUCUGGAGGAGGUGACUGGAAGCCGCUGCUUGUUUUAAUGUAAACAACACUGGACCCUCCCCGCAGUGAGCCUGGAUUGUGCUUGGAGCUUUGAAACCAUUACUCUUUCUUUUUCUUUUCUUUUCUUUUUUUUUUUUUUUUUGUUGGUUCUUUUGAGAUAGGAUUUCUCUGUAGCUUUAGAACCUGCCCUGGAACUAGCUCUUGUAGACCAGGCUGACUUCAAACUCAUAGAGAUCCACCUGCCUCUGCCUCCCAAGUGCUGGGACUAAAGGCUUGUGCCACCAUUGCCCAGCGAAACCACUACUCUUUUAAGAGAUUCUAUUCUGACAGCAUCAUUUUGGAUUUAAAAAAAAUCAAAGUAGGGCUGGAGAGAUGGCUCAGAGGUUAAGAGCAUUGCCUGCUCUUCCAAAGGUCCUGAGUUCAAUUCCCAGCAACCACAUGGUGGCUCACAACCACCUGUAAUGAGGUCUGGUGCCCUCUUCUGGCCUGCAGGCAUACACACAGACAGAAUAUUGUAUACAUAAUAAAUAAAUAUUUAAAAAAAAAUCAAAGUAGCAAUUGAUGCACAAAGACUUGUAUAUAAUAUAAAUCAACCGAUCCACACACAUAUAUCUCGUGUGUGUGUGUGAGAGAGAGAGAGAUUGAGAGAGAGAGUGUGUUUCUAACUUUAUUUUUACGGUUGGAUUUUUGGUUUUUGAGGGGUUUUCUUUUGAUUAAUUUGUUUCUGGAGAGAAACAAUUAUUGUAACAACCAUAUAUCUCCAUCCGAAUGAAAAACUGAAGAGGUAUACAUAAAUCUUAUUUUCCCAAAUCAAACAUGUAUUAUUUAUAUAAUUAAAAAUUAAAACUGUUUGAAUAUGUAUGUGUGAAUGUAUGUGUUGGAAAGAAACAGGUCCUCCCUUUUUGGUUUUUUUUUUUUUUUGAGACAGGGUUUCAGGGUUUCUCUAUGUAGCCCUGGCUGUCCAGGAACUUGCUCUGUAGAUGAGGCUGACCUCAAACUCAAUAAUUCGCCUGCCUCUGACUCCCAAGUGCGGCAUUAAAAGCAUGCACACCUGGCCAGAAAAGCUCUUAAACAGGCUAAUUUCCCCAAGGGUCAAAAUGUAAGCGUGACUGUUUAGAAAUCUCGUGUGUAUCUAUGCAGGCAUGGUGGCUUGUGCCUGAAGUCCCAGCAUUCAGGAAUUGAGGUAGGAGGAUUGCCUUGAGACCAAGUCCAAUCUGGGCCACUUAGUGAGACCCUGUUUCAAUAAAUAA